UUCUAUCCUGAAAGUCUGACCCGUUCUGCCUUGAUACUUAUAACAUUCACGUGAAGACUCCGCAUUUCUGAAUUACGCAUGUGGUUCUGUAAGAGACGGUCUCAAACGCUUUCCUCAAAGCUGUCAUCGAGCACCAAUUUCCGGGUCUGAAGAUGUGGUUUUCCAUCAGCAAAAACAUGUUGAUGCUUUACAAGGGUCUGCCAGGGUCACCAUGUCAUCGGUGGAGAAGAGCUGCCCAUUCCCUGACCAUGUUGCUCCCUGCAGCCAGAUGCCUUCAGUCCAGACCUUUGGUGCAGCAAAGCAAAUGGUUCCACUCUUCAGCAGUCAUGCAGAAGAAGCGGGCCAAGGUGGAGCCAUCUCCUCGGGAGCUGGACCUGCUGCGCUAUGACAUGGGUCACCUGUGGAAGAGUCCGAGGCCACCAAUACUGAUAGGGAGUGCUGGUUUGCUCCCCUUCGUGUUGCCUCCACUCAUCAUGUCUGCGACGGAGUGCUACCUGACGGAGCUGGCCUUCGCUCAGCUGGCGUACGGCGCCUCCAUCCUCUCGUUCCUGGGUGGAGCUCGCUGGGGUUUUGCACUUCCUGACAGCAGCCCUGCGAGACCUGACUGGUUGAACCUGUCCAAUGCAGUGGUGCCCCCCCUGCUGGCAUGCACGGCUGUGUUGCUGGCCGACAGCAUGGCAACUGGCACUGUCAUGGUGGUGAUGGGUCUAGGCAUAGCACUGCACUAUGACCUGUCACUGCUACCCGGUUACCCCCCCUGGAUGCGGGCCAUGCGUGCCGUCCUCACCAUUGUGGCUGUUUGCUCGCUGCUUGCAACGUUGGCCCUGCAAGAGCUACUGCCUGAAAAGACCCUGUUCCCAAACAAGACUGAACCAGAAACUCACCAAACCAAAUAA